AAACAGGUCUAAUUUUCUAUACACAGCACAUCCGUUACAUAAAAUCAAAUCCUAUAAAACUUGGAAAAUACUCCAUCUCUUGCUUGGAUCAUCAUCUCCUCUCUCUGUUAUAAUUUUCUCAGGCUUUUCAAUUUAAUUCACUUGGAUCUAUUUAUCUCAAUGGGCGUAGAAGGCGAGUCAACUCAGUCGGUCACCGAUUCCGGCAGCGAAGAAUCGGUUCAAAUCAACGUCCGGUGCUCCAACGGUGCCAAGUUUUCCGUUCAGGCGAGUCUCCGAUCCACUGUUCUCGAUUUCAAGCAAGUUGUUUCGCAGAAUUGCGAUGUUCCCGCUGUUCAGCAGAGGUUGAUUUAUAAGGGACGGAUCUUGAAGGAUGAUCAAACCCUAGAUAGUUAUGGUCUUCAGGCAGAUCACACUGUGCACAUGGUUCGUGGGUCUCCCCCUCUUUCAACAACACCAGGCACUGGUGCUGCGAGUGUUGGUAAUCUCAAUGCCACUCAAGAUUCCACCCAGCGUGUUAAUCCUAAUGAUGGAGGUGGUUUGGGAGGUGCUGGUCUUGGGGCAUCACUAUUUCCUGGGCUUGGCGGUCUUGGAUUAGGUGCAGGUGGUAAUACUGGUGCCUCUGGUUUAUUUGGAGCUGGACUUCCAGAGUUUGAACAAGUUCAGCAACAAUUGACUCAAAAUCCCAACAUGAUGAGGGAAAUAAUAAACACACCGGCCAUUCAAAAUCUAAUGAAUAACCCAGAUCUCAUGCGGAGCAUGAUUAUGAGCAAUCCCCAGAUGCGUGAAAUCAUUGAUCGAAACCCUGAGCUAGGUCAUAUUCUUAAUGAUCCUGGCAUUCUUAGGCAGACCCUAGAGGCUGCUAGGAACCCUGAGCUCAUGCGCGAGAUGAUGCGCAACACUGAUAGGGCAAUGAGUAAUAUUGAAUCAUCACCCGAGGGCUUUAACAUGCUCAGGCGCAUGUAUGAAAAUGUUCAGGAGCCUUUCCUGAAUGCUACGACAAUGGGAGGGGGUGCAGGAAACGAUCCGGGAUCAAAUCCAUUUGCAGCUCUUCUAGGAAAUCAAGGUGGUGGUAACCAAGGAACAAACGCCUCUAACGAGUCUACCAAUACUGGUUCUGAAACAGCUGCUGGGACUACUAUUCCUAAUAGCAACCCUCUUCCUAACCCUUGGGGUGGUACUGCUGGUUCCCAAACAAACACAGCUGCAAGGUCAAAUCCCACAGGAGGGGCAGCAGGGAUUGGUGGCUUAGGUGGGCUGGGUCUCCCAGGGUUGGAUCGCACAAUGGGGAUUCCAGAUCCAUCAGCAAUGAACCAGCUUCUGCAAAAUCCUGGUGUUUCGCAGAUGAUGCAGAGCAUGCUUUCAAACCCGCAAUACAUGAAUCAGUUUCUUGGAACUAAUCCUCAGCUCCAAAGUAUGUUCGAUAUGAACCCUCAAUUAAGAGAAAUGAUGCAAAAUCCAGAAAUUAUUCGUCAGCUUACCUCGCCUGAAAUGAUGCAGCGGAUGUCAACAUUUCAUCAGGCACUUCUCUCUCAGCAGAACAGACAGCAAUCAACUCAGGAACCAGCUCAAACUGGUGGGAUUGCAGGUGCAGGAGCACAAAACAACAUGGGGCUAGAUAUGUUGAUGAAUAUGUUUAGUGGACUUGGAGCUAGUGGCUUGGCUGUCCCAAAUACUCCUGAUUUGCCUCCGGAAGAGCUCUAUGCUACUCAGCUAUCCCAACUUCAAGAAAUGGGUUUCUUUGAUACCCAAGAGAAUAUAAGGGCACUGCGUGCUACAUCAGGAAACGUGCAUGCAGCGGUGGAGAGAUUGUUAGGUAACCUCGGACAGUAGCAUCAAGUCAACCUUUGUUACUUAUUAGUAACUUGUGGGUGUGUAAACCAGUUGAACAAGUGUCUUGUAAAGACAAUAGACAUGUCGGCACUUGUAAUUCCAUUUUGGGGGUCUGAAUAAAUAUUAAGAAUUUUCUUUGUAUAACUAGUCUGUCAAGACACCUCCCUUCUCGUAUUCCUGUCAAUGUAAAUGCUUUGUUUAAUUUUUCCUGGCUGCCCAUUUGAGAUUAGUAAAACGCAUGUUAAACUAUAUUAUUAUCUAAGUUUAUAAGUUAGUUUUUUCCUUCA